GAAUGGAGAAAUUUGUAAAUGGGGCCUAAGCCCAAGAUUAUUGAUACCCGGAGCAAAUGCUUCAUAACCUCAACACUGAAGAUAUUAAUAACUAUAACUAUCUGACUAUUAUUCAUGGUUCUUGUUAACUCUGGAGUGGAGUAACACAAUUAUAUACUAAGAUUUAAUUACAAUGCUAAUUAUUAAUAAUUCCAUGUAGUAGUGUGUAUGUGCAAUUCUCCUGUUUUACUCAAGUUAAUAAAUCAAUGAAACAGGCAUAUUAAACUUGCCUGAUUCUUGGGUAACUUGCUUUCUUCUCAUUUCUCAAUUUUUACUCUGUAGAAUCUUGGUGUUUCAGUAAAUCUUUCAAGUUGAAACUAUCAACUCAACAUUUUACCUCCUAAGAACAAUAAUACUGAGAAUGAAUAGGACAUUAGAUUAUGGUAGAAAAUGUCUGGGUUUGUGACAGCUGUAUUUUUGGCUCAUCAACUUAAUGCAGAUGGUUUUGAUGACUGUUACAAAUGUCUGUUCUUUUGUUCUAAGCAGAAAAAUGAAAAGGUUGAGUAAUCAAAAUUUAUUAUUGAAAUUAGUGUAGUCUAUCUCUUUGGAUGCAGUGGUAGACUAUUUUGAGACAAAACAUGGCAGAUUUACUGGGGAAAGUGAAAAGAAUUUUGUGUACACAAAAUUUCCUACUGUUUUACUUUAUGCUGGAUGACUUGGGGGGAAACUUCCAGAAGAGGUAUUUUGUGAAUCUAUGCCAUGGUACACAAUCAACACUCAAUUACACUGCCUUAUUAUCUUGCACCCAAAGUAUAUUUCUGCCUCAGGGCCUUUAGACUUGCUAUUUUCUCUGCCUGGUGGAUCAUUCCCUAGAUGGGCAUGGCCCACUGCCUCACUUAAGUCCCUAUUCAACUGUCACUUCCUCAGAGCAGUCUUCCCUGAUUAGCCCAUUUAAAAAUAGCACAAUAUCACUAUCCCCUCAGCCUCCUUUCUUUUUCUUCAUGGUGCUUAACCACAGUCUGACCUUACAUGCUUGCCUUACCCACCAGAAUGCAAGGUCCAUGAAGGUAGGGAUCUCAUCAGUCUUGUUCAUUGCUGCAUCCCCUGAUUCUAGUACAUAAUUGUUCAAGACAUAUUGAAGUUAAUUGAAUGAACUGCAGUUUGACUUUAAUAUUUACCUCUUUUUGCCUCGCUAACCAGACAAUAAGUUCAUGGAAGGCAGCCAAAGGCCCUGGUUGCUUAUUUAUCUUCUCUACAGCAAUUAGCUCAGUUCUGCAUGGGUUAUAGCAUUCAACCAAGAUUUACUGAAUGAAUGCCCUAAAACAAGGAUGCUAACCAGUCAGCCUUCCCUGCAGGUGAACAAGAACAAUAAUGUCUUGCCUUUCAGCCCACAUUUUACAAAGUACUUUUAUGUAUAUUAACUAAUUUGAUCAUUUUUGCCAAUAGUUUUAGUAGCUCUUAAGGUCUGCUUGGAGAAAUGAAUACUCAAAUAUAACAAAUGUUAAUUUCUGGGGUGUACUAUUACAAUUUUCCAUACUUUUUUCUGGUCCUAGAUAUGGCAUUUAAUGUGUUCUUGGUCAUCUGAAAAAUAUUUUAAAAGGCUGAAUAACAUUUAAAAUAAAUAAGUAAAAAUAAAAGACUGUUUUGAUCAUACUUGUGCACAGAGAGAUUUUUGGAAGAGAGUUUAACAAAGUCAUCACAGUGAUUACUUAUAGAUGGUGGGAACUUCAGAUAGUAUUUACCUUUUAUGGCUUUCCAUUUGCUUGAAUUUAAAAGACAAAUCAGAAGUCACCAAAAGAAACGUGUAUUUAUACAAUGCCUUAUUUUCGUUUGUCAUUGUGAAUUGUGUAAAAACGAUCACUACUUAUUUUCCUGGCUAUGUAAUUCACAGCAUACAACCAAUUUCAUUCCAAGAAUGCUUUUAAUCCUGAUUUGUGGUAAACCAAUAACAAAUAGAAUGAACCAAAAUUCUUUGGUUUUUUUUGGGUUUCUGUAUUUUCCAUAUUUAUGGCAAGAGCUAGAAAAAUGUUUCAUUGUUUGGUAAUUUUUCAUCUUCGCCAAAGAAAAAAGUAAGUUCCAGGAUAUUGCACUCCCAAAAUAGAAGGCCAAAAUGCGGCGUCAGGGACUCGUUCUGGACCUUGGACCAGCCUUACAGAGCACACGUGAAAUGUGCUCAUUUAUUCUUUUUUCCUCUUACGAUUUAAAAUUCUUAAAAAUUCCCUUUAGGUUUUUUUUCAACCACAGGGUUUGGGAAGAUAUGCAAAUAACUACCUUGCGGAAAAUCUCUACUGAUGCCAACAAUAUGGAUUUCAUUUUAGGCUUUAAAGGGAUGGGAUUUUCUUAAAGUUCAUUCCGAACUAAGCAGGGCUUUUCAUGGUUGCUGGUGCGCCUUAGGGCAAGCGAGCUUCCUUUACAGGCUUGAACAGCAGCAGCUUGUGUCUCCAUGUCCGUGCAUCUGUGCGUGUCUGGUAACGUGGGUUUUGGGUGUGUGACGGCGGUUUUGAGCCCAUGGCUUACACACUCAACGAGGAUGCGGGUCCAGCCGUGCAGUCUCAGGGACAGGGAAACCGAGACCCGGGACGGCGCGCGUGUCAAGGGCACCCAGGAACCCAGGUACGUGCUACCCCCUCCCGAGCCGGCACCCGGACGGUUGGGCCAGGCGGUUGCGGCCCCAUACGGGCCGCGCCGCGGCCUCUGUGACGCACGGCGCGGCCUCCGGGUCUACGGGCGGCUCAGCGCGGCGGUGGCGGGGCGAGCGUGGGAGGGCGAGGAGGGGUGGAGCGAGCGGGGCGGAGCCGGUGGAGGCCCCGCCCCGGGGCCGGAGGAGCGAGGACGCUACGGAGCAGGCGCGUCCUGCCGCCGCCGCUGCCGCCGCCGCCACUGCUCACCCUUCUUCGGAGCCGCCGCCGCUGCCGCCGCCGUCGCCGCCAUUUGCACGGGGACUUCGGUGACAGAGGCUCGGCAGAGGGGCGGUGGGAGGGGGGAGGGCUCGCGGAGCCCCCGAGGGCGGGAGCGACGCCGCCGGCGCCGGCCGGGCUCCCUGCGCGACCGCGCCGCCCGCGGCGGGUCCGGAGCAGCAGAGGCAGCAGCUGCCGAGGCCGGGCGUGCGCCUGAGGCGCGGCGGCGGCGGCGGCGGCCCUGCGGGCGGCCGGGAGGGGCGGGGGCAGCGGCCGCCGCCGUUUGA